AUGACCAGGCUGGCUUCCUUGCAGAGCCCUGGAACAGCGGAUGACACGAAUUGGGAGAAGCGGACUGGGGGUGUGGAGGGCCCUGUACUGGCAGCAUUGAGGCCCUUGUCAGCAAACGCCGUAUCGUCCAAGGGCAUCACACAGAUUAUUGACAGAGAGGCCGGCAGAUUGGAGAACAUAGCAGAGUUCAGGAUUGCAAAUGCUGCGGAUGGGUAUUUGAAUGUGGAGGGAACAGUGGAACCUGCGCAGCCCAGCAGCAGUAAGAGAGGUGCAGAGGAAGCUGUGCGCGUGAAUGUGAAGUUCACAGCCUUCAGCCUGAAGAUUGGGUUCCUGCCAGCCCUGAAAAUACCCUUGGGCUUUGCCAACCCUACGGGUUGGGUGGACACAACCUACCUGGAUGAUGACUUUAGGAUUGGCAGGGGCGAUAAAGGAAGUGUGUUUGUUACUGCAAGGCAGAGCAAGAACAGAGCUGCGGCUAGAUAG